UUGUUACGACUUCCUGGGUUCGUUAUGACGACACGUAAACACACGUUGUACCGCUCAUAAACUCCACCUCCCAUCCCGACUCUCUUCUUCUUCUCCAACCCCUUCUCAAGUGCUUUCUACUGCUACUGCUGACCGCACCAUCUCUCACCCCGAACCCUUCUAACACAAUGCUCGGAAAAGCCUUCUCCGUCCUCGCACUCGCGGCUCUGGCUCAGGCCAGAGCUAUCGUCACCAACCAUUGCCCAUACACAGUCUACAUCUGGUCUGUACCCCAGUACCUCAGCAGUUCACUCACCGACAACGUCCCUCUCAAACCUGGUGGUCAAUACCAAGAAUCAUGGCGCUUUGGGUCUCCCACCAACCCCGGCGUCGCCAUCAAGAUCUCUGACAAGUUCAACGGUAUCUACAAGUUAGCCGACGAGAUGGACUUCGCCUACUCGAUUGACACGAAAGACCUCGACAAGAUCUGGGUCGACCUGUCUCCGGCUCGAGGUACCCCCUUCCAUGACAAGCUCGCUUUACACAGCUGUCAUCAGAGCUUUUACGGCUCCGCACAGGUAGAGUCGCAUCCUUGCACCCCUAAAGACAACAUUGAGCUUGUGUUAUGCGAUACCUCAACACGCCAAACUACAUUGAAAGAUUCCACGUCUCUUGCCGAUAUCAAGUCGUGCUACGACUACCAAUACAUCCGCCCUACACGAGAUGUAGACCGCGUUGAAGUUCACACGGGCAGCCUUCCAAAUCAUGUGGCCGAGGAUACCGACUCCGAUUCCGACUCAGACACAGACGACCACGAAUCGCGGGAGGCGCAUACCAUAAAGUUCACGUAUACAAUGGGCAUGACCGCUGAGUUCUCCGAUGAAUCCACCCCCGGAUUCAUACUGGCGCCGCCCACAUCGUCAGUGAUUCUUCCGCCCAGGCCAGAGAAUACCGACUUAGCAGGGUCAGGACCAAUAAUUCCUGAAAGGCCAAGGAUAACGGAGACCAGCUCCGCCAUGUCGCGCCUGGGUUUCUUCACACCACCUGCACCUGCGCCUGCACCUCGCGAAACAGAAUGCCCAGAUUGCAAUGAGCCAAGAAAAGGAAAACUCAGCCCAUGCCUAGCCAGGGUCGUUUAUCCAGCACGGCGUCGCGUUCCUGCGACUCCUCGCAACACUCCAGGCGUCAUUGAGCCAACGCACGUAACAACCUCACAACCCCCAACAAACUCAGCACUGUGCGACAUCGUUCGGAGGUACCACACUGGAGUCGACGAUUGCGAUGAAUCAGCACUGGAGUCUUACGCUCGCGCCCUAUAUCCCACAGUCUGCGACCCCGUGAAUGCUUCACUCCUGAUGGGCUUCCCAUGCGAGGAGGUCAUGGAGGAGAUGAAGAAAGUUUUCCCAGCCAUCGAUGCCCCAGUGAUUUCCCGGGCCGCCUCAUGCGAGUGCGAACCUGACUGCGACUUCUGCGGACACUUCAACGAUAGUUGCUUCUGCGCAGGGGCUAUCGCGGCGCCGAUGCACGCGAGCAUCCAGCCUCUCCCGACGGAUUUUGAAUCCUUCGUCGUCAAGCUCAAUGAAGAAAAGAUCUGCUUGAAUUCGCUGUGCGACCCAGAAAUCCCCGGAGUCAACUGCGAUGACGUAGCCGACCUACUUCGUGCCACUUUCACGCUUACCAACGAGCGUUACGAAGACUGGGUCAAUGAGAACACUGAUACCUGCGACUUUAUCUCUGUCCUCAACGGCAAUUCAGGUCAGAGGCUCAUGUGCGUCGCUGAUCUCUGCGAUCUUCACGCUGAGUCAUGCGACAAUGUUCGGGAGCUGCUCACAGCGGCGGUCAUGGCCAAGUUGGGCUUGAAUGUCAUCUUCAUCAAGUACCGCGGUUACUGCGACCAAAUGCUUGAGGGGAGCACUUGAAGCUUGGGCACGACCAGCGACAUGGUGGACCGGGGUGCUUGAUCGUUGUUAUCGUUGUUUUCACCUCAUGUCUUUAGCGUUCGCAUAGCUUACUGUCUGUACUUUCAUUUGCCUUUCAACGCUGAUUAUUCUUCUCAACGCGAUCACAUGGCUUUCAAUAUGCUCACGUCCACUGUCGGAUGAUGAG